GUCACAUGAUGCUUCCUGCAGCAGCUGCAGCUGUUUGCAGAUUGAUCUGAUCUGAGAGGCUUUCAGAGCUACUGGCUGCCUGACAGCAACAUCCAGGGAGGAGGAAUAAAAGCAGAGACCAACAGCAGAGGUUGUUCAUCGGGAACAAGGAGCAGAAGCUUCCACGCCGGCUGGUUCAGCCCUGAGACCGACAUCAUGGCGUGCAGUGAAGGGUCCCACAGGACGGAUGGCGACGCCGAUCAGCCGUCCGCUCAUCAGGACCCUUCGAUAGAAAGCAUGAAGUUGAAGAAGGAGAUCUCUCUGCUCAACGGAGUCAGUUUGAUCGUGGGAAACAUGAUCGGCUCCGGCAUCUUCGUCUCGCCCAAAGGGGUGCUCUUCUACAGCGCCUCCUACGGGCUGUCGCUGGUCAUCUGGGCCAUCGGGGGCCUGUUUUCGGUCGUCGGGGCCCUCUGCUACGCCGAGCUGGGCACCACAAUCACUAAAUCAGGGGCCUCCUAUGCAUACAUUCUGGAGUCGUUCGGCGGCUUCAUCGCGUUCAUCCGUUUGUGGACGUCCCUGCUGAUCAUUGAACCCACCAGCCAGGCGGUCAUUGCCAUCACGUUCGCAAACUACCUGGUCCAGCCGCUGUUUCCAACAUGUGAGCCUCCAUACGCGGCGGCCCGCCUCAUCGCCGCUGCGUGCAUAUGUUUACUCACCUUCAUAAACUCUGCUUAUGUAAAGUGGGGGACCCGGGUGCAGGACGUUUUUACCUACGCAAAGGUGGCGGCCCUCAUCGUCAUCAUCGUCACCGGUAUCGUUAAGAUGUUCCAGGGCUACACAGACAACCUGAAGUCGUCCUUCCAGGGCUCGUCUACAGAUCCCGGUGACAUAGCUCUGGCGCUCUACUCGGCUCUCUUCUCAUACUCUGGCUGGGACACCCUCAACUUUGUAACAGAAGAGAUCAAAAACCCAGAGAGGAACCUCCCUCUGGCCAUUGCCAUCUCCAUGCCUAUUGUCACCAUCAUCUACAUCCUCACCAACGUGGCUUACUACGCCGUUCUGGAUGCCGCUGCUAUCCUGGCCAGCGAUGCCGUGGCAGUGACCUUUGCAGAUCACACACUGGGCGUGAUGAGCUGGAUCAUCCCCAUAUCUGUGGCCUUGUCCUGCUAUGGAGGCUUAAAUGCUUCUAUUAUUGCUGCUUCCAGGUUGUUCUUCGUAGGGUCGCGGGAAGGUCACCUGCCAGACGCUCUCUCCAUGAUCCACAUCCAGAGAUUCACUCCAAUCCCUGCUCUCAUCUUUAACUGCAUCAUGUCUCUAAUCUACCUGACGGUGGAGGACGUCUUCCAGCUCAUCAACUACUACAGCUUUAGUUACUGGUUCUUCAUGGGUCUCUCUGUCGCCGGGCAGAUCUACCUUCGCUGGAAGCAGCCUGAGAGACCCAGACCUCUCAAACUCUCGCUGCUCUACCCCGUGGUGUUCUGCCUCUGCGCCGUCUUCCUGGUGGCCGUCCCUCUCUACAGCGACACUCUCAACUCCCUGAUUGGGAUCGCCAUCGCCCUGUCUGGUGUUCCAGUCUACUUCCUGGGCGUCUAUCUGCCGGAGUCCAAAAGACCGCCCAUCAUCAUCAAGCUGCUGCGUUCUCUGACGUUCUUCACCCAGUACACCUGCCUCUGCGUGCUGACGGAGAUGGACAAGAGCCAGUAGCUUCUGUUCACCUGCAGGGAAACAAACGUACCGUCCGCCGUGCUGCUGCCGCCAUAGAAGGCGGCCAUGUUUGUCGAUGCAUAUUUAUCCAGGGAUGAAAACAGAUCUGAUAUAAAUAAUGACCUGGAACAGCUACGGUGGUCGCUGGACAUUUUUAAAUAUGAAAUGUUAGCGAUCACAGCCUUAUGGUGACGAGUCUGUUAUAAUAAACCCAAAGGACUAAGAGAUCUAUCACUGGCGGUUCUACAUCAUAAUUACUCAGGGGGGGGCAGUGAUUUUAAAGGGGCCACAGAACAAAGGAGUGAAACUAAUUAUUUUAAUAUAUUGGAGCCACAGGUUGGAGACUCCUGAUGUUGCAGAUAAAAACCAUGAUCCCAUCUCACUACGACUGAAGCGUAAAAGUGAGAAAUCCUAAUUUUUUAAUUAUUGAAGCAAAACUGUAAACAUAAAUAAAAUGGUUCUAAAAGGACCAGUUAU